AUGGGCCACUUGACGGCCUUCGACAACAACCCUCUCGAUGCUGCGCUCUACGCCACUGCGCGCGAGGAAUGCCUUUCGGUGGCGAUCCGCGACGGUGCUCAGGCACUCAUCAACCAGGUGCUUACUGCGCUGCCGCUGAAAUCCACCAAGGACGGAAUCUUCGUUGAGCUCCCGGAGGGCGUCACACCGCUGCCCAGAGAGAAGCCAAUUCCUAGACUGAAGGAGUUGACCAAGUGGGAGUUGUUUGCAAAGAAGAAGGGCAUCCGCACCAAGCCCCGCGACGGCAAGAUGGUCUACGACGAAGAGAAGCAGGAGUGGGUUCCCAAGUGGGGCUACAAGGGCAAGAACAAAGAGGUGGAAGACCAGUGGCUCGUGGAGAUCGACGACACGAAGAAGACGGCCGAGGGUGACGAGGUCAACCCAAGAAAACUCAACCGCGAGGAGCGCAAGAAGAAUAUCAAGCUCAACGAGAGACAACAGAAGAAGAAUCUUCUGCAGGGCGGAAGGGCGCCGGCUGCCGUAUUGAAGCCAAAGAAGGCCGGUUCCGGUUCUAUUGGAAAGAGGUAA